AAGGCAGACAGAACGCGUGGAAACAAGGAAGCCGCUUUUUGUCUCCUGGAAUCGCAAGUGAAAGAAACAAGUUCAUUAGUUAGUUCACCAAAGAAAAUUUGUGUCUUAAUCACAUUUUUAACCUCGAAUGUGCUUUGUGCUGGGUUCUGGACAAAAUGCACGAGCCGAUGGACCAGUUUCAGAAGAUUGAGAAAAUCGGUGAAGGAACAUAUGGAAUUGUGUAUAAAGCCAAAGACAUUGAAACAGGAAAACUCGUAGCCCUUAAGAAAAUACGACUAGAAUCGGAAUCAGAAGGGGUACCAAGCACAGCCAUCAGGGAGAUUACUGUUUUAAAAGAGCUCGAUCAUCCACAUGUUGUGAAACUCCUUGAUGUUGUCCAUGUUGAAAAGAAGAUAUACCUUGUGUUUGAAUACCUGAAUCAAGAUCUGAAGAAACUAUUGGAUUCUAUGCCCUGCGGUCUAGAACCAAAAGCAGUGAAAAGCUUUCUUUGGCAGAUGUUGAAAGGCAUAGCUUUCUGCCACUCACACAGAGUACUCCAUAGGGACUUGAAGCCACAGAAUCUCUUGGUCAACAAAAAUGGCUUGCUAAAACUUGCUGACUUUGGCCUUGCCAGAGCAUUUGGUCUUCCUUUACGUUCUUACACACAUGAGGUUGUUACUCUUUGGUACAAAGCCCCUGAAGUCUUACUUGGAGCAAAAAUCUACACUACCUCUGUCGAUAUCUGGUCGAUUGGCUGUAUCUACGCCGAAAUGUUAAAGGGACGGACUGCUUUGUUUCCUGGUGAUUCCGAGAUCGACCAACUGUUCCGCAUUUUCCGUACUAUGGGUACACCUGACGAAACCUGCUGGCCAGGAGUCUCACAGCUUCCCGAUUUUAAGCCUUCUUUUCCAAAGUGGACGGGUUCGAGUUUUGAAGAGAUGUUCCCAAGGCUAGAGAGUGAUGGUCUCAACCUAUUAAUGAAACUUAUGCUCUACGAUCCAAACAAGAGGAUAUCUGCUAGACAAGCACUACACCAUCGAUACUUUUCUGGAUUUCAACUGCCUAAUUUUGAAUGAUCUUGAAUGAUUCAUCCAUCCAACAAUCUUAGCUAUUUUAUGAAAAUGUUCACACAAGUUUAUUUUCUCUUACAUACCAUCAAUUUUUUUAAUUUCAGAGCAGCGUUCUAUCUAUUAUUUAAGUUCUACCGUUUCAAAACGUUUACUGAAAUUGCUACAGCGAAAGGAGAACUGUAAAUAGUUAUACGGGAAUAGAAACAAUUAACCGCA